AUGUCUGUCAAGUCGGCUAAAGUUAAGAAGUUUCUUGAAAUCACAGGAACCGAGUCUGAGGACAUGGCGUCGUUCUUUCUGGGAAGAAACCAGCAGAACGUGACGUACGCGAUCAACGACUUUUUCACCCGUCCAGAGUUGGCUGAGGGUUUUAAAAAGGUGAAGGAAAACGCAAAGAUCAAGGUUGACAGCAAGGUCAAGAGUGUGUUUAAUAAGUACAAGGAGGACAGUUUGGAUGUGUUGGGGAAACCGUAUAUUGGAAUUGAUGGAACCGUGCGGUAUAUUGCCGACCUGGGAUACGAGCCGGAGGAUUUAGUGAUUCUUGCCUUGGCCGAGUUUCUAGAGUCACCAUCGGUGGGGAUCUUCAAAGAAGACCCGUUUUUGAUCAACUGGUCGCGAGUGGGCGCCAACUCGAUUGAGAAAAUGCACGAUUACAUUGAAAACGAACUCGCAGUCAAACUGGCAGAAGAGAGCUACUUCAAGAAAGUGUACCAAUUCACUUACAAAUUCAUUCUGGAAAAGAACCAAAGAAACGUUCCAACCGAGUCUGCGAUCGAGUACUGGAACCUCAUGAUCCCUGAAGAGUACAAGAAAGAACUCGACACUUUUAUCAAGUUCCUUGAAAUCAAAGACCACAAGGGAAUCACCAAAGACCAAUGGAACAUGCUGUAUCCUUUCCUUAAAACAUACCACGAAGAUCCUAAACUGUCCAACUACGACGAAAUGCAGUCGUGGCCCGUGCUCAUGGACGAGUUCCACGAAUGGCUCACCGACUCCUGA